UCGCACACUUCGUACAACGUGGGCGAUGAGAAGCCGUGUCCGCACUGUACGUCCCGGUCGAGGGGGGGGGACACAUGAGCUCCGUGUGAUUUCCGGUGUCAGCCGGGCUCUGCCAGUGUGUGUCCGUGCCAGGACGGGGUGAGCGGGCACUUCCUCCCAAAACUUUGCAAAGUGCUGGGGAGGAGGGAAGACGGUUCCUCCCAGCCAGGACUGGUCUCUUCCGGCUCCAUGUGUUUGUUAUGUCCGCAGGACCAGAAUAAGACACGUCCCGCUGUGUCUAUGUGCAGGCGGGGAAGGCCCGGGGCCUAGGAGGACACCCACAUGGAGAAAUCAUUGUGGGACAAGGCAGGUGAUGUUGGAGGAUUGGAUGGAUUAAUGAGAUCAGGUCCACAACUGGGAUGUCCUGAGAAGAAGAAGCGCAAGUCCAGUGGACAGGGAUCUUCACUUCCUUCCCUAUCAGAGUAUGCUCCACCAACAAAUACAAGUUCAGACCACCUAAUCGCCUGCAACCCAUUUGAUGACGACUAUAGUAUACCUCCUUUUUCAGGGUACACUUAUUUUGGUAAACUUGGAUAUUCCAACAUUGAAAGCUUUAAUACUUUCAGGAUGCCUCCAAAUACUUCACCAAAAAGGCUUUCUCGCGGUUUUGGCAACCAGAUGUUACGAGAUCAGCCACCACCUUUUGCAAAAGACCUAAAAAUGAUCGGAAAAUCCUUUCCCUUUAUUGUGGGGAUGCAAGAGAAAUCGCAUUUUGAAAACGAGUCAUUUUAUUACAGUGCGUUAGGUCAAACGAUCACAAUGCCAGGACAGCACUUUCGAGCAUAUCAGAAUGAAGAAGACCUCCAUCUCAUGACAAGCCUAAACUCUGCUCCAAGAAUUGACUUUCAGCUUGCCUCUUAUAGGCCCCAAGGUGUUAAAAUGAAUGCCAGUCAAAUUGACAGCAGCAGUUCAUUUACAUCUGCACAAGCACACUUCUUGCCUUCAAGAAUAUCCAGCUCCAACCAAGAUUUAGUUCUUCUACCAAUUAACCAUUCAAGUUCUGCAGGACUUCAAGACAAAUUGAACCUUGAUGCACCAACUCAUCCUACUUCAAGUCCAAAACAUAAUAGCAAACAUAUGGGAGAUCUAGAGAAUUCCCAGGCUGAUGCAAUAGACCUGUCUGAUUGUGGUCAGCCUAAAGGAAUCCGUAACAGACCCGCACUUUCCAGACUGGCAAAGACAGAUGUAACACCUAGUGAGAAAUGCAAUAGGUGGCUUCUCCAUUCUGACUUUUGUGGUAAUUUUUCCGCAGAUAAUUUGAACCCAUGUGGCAUAUGUUCUGCUGAAGUAAAUAAUGUUGCGGAUGCUAUAAUGUGCGAAGCCUCCUGUCAGAAGUGGUUUCACCGAACGUGUACAGGAAUGACUGAGGUGGCCUACGCUCUACUCCGUGCUGAAACCUCAGCUAUUUGGAUCUGUGAUACCUGUGUGGCAAAAAAAGAUAUUCAGCUGCGCCACUAUAGGAAGAAUGGUAUAAGAUAAGCUACUCUUUGUGUAGUGUGCUGUAACCCGGUGCAAUGGAUCCAAAGCUGCAGGCUAUGAUUGUACCCAAUAUUGCACAAACUGUCCUAUCCAUAGUAGAUCAAGCUUAAUCAUUGCUAUGGUGAUUGUUUUGGUUUAAUUAAUGCCGAAGAACAGAAGAUUAGAAAUGAUUGUAUGUGGAUUGGGAUCAUUUCCAAUUGACUUUGUUGGGCUCUACCCACUGAUGCAAACAUUUUUGAGUCAUUCUCCGAAAUCUCUUGCACUAAAUGGAUUUUCCUUUUCAUUAGAGGGCUGCUUACAAAGACAGUUCAAGCACGUAGACCUCAAAGGAACUUGGUUAUAAUCUACUGAAAAACUACCUUAUAUUGAUGGAAAUGAUGUGGUUAUGCAGAAGGUUAAUACUAGAGAUUGUAUAUUUUUAAGCAUGGCACUUGGUACACAAUCCCUUUUGAAUGUGAGUUCUGGAUAGAACAAGGAAAAGUCUUGAAUAUUUAU